CCUUCUCCGGCGGUGCAUGAUUCCCUCUGAAUCCACAAUAUUCCCCUUUAUUGGGUGGCAGCAGUGCCAGGGCAUUAAGACUGGGGCUCUCUCCCGAGGGACGCUGCAGAUGCACGGCGGGAGCUGCGCCUCGUGCCGGGACUUGGCUUUGCUGGAAUACUUGGAAAAUCCUCCCUGGGAGCCUCAAAGUUAAAGAUUGGGAAGUGCUUUGGGUGAGGACAUAAAACAUCCCAUCUGCUCCUCCAUCGGGGUGUGUUUCUGAGGGAGGUGUUUCGGCCGCCGCAUGAGCACGUCCUCGCCGGGCCAUGGCCCCGCCGCCCGCGCCGGCCUGGCUGCUGCUGCUCGGCCUGCUCAGCGCCCACGGCCGCGACUUCACCCGCAAGGACAUCGUCUACCUCCACCCCUCCACCACGCCGUAUCCUCGGGGAUUUAAGUGUUUCACCUGCGAAAGGGCCGCGGAUAAUUACGAGUGCAACCGCUGGGCUCCGGACGUCUACUGUCCCAGAGGUACAAGGUACUGCUUUAGCCAACAUAUGAUGAAAGUCACUGGGGAGAGUGUGUCUGUCACCAAACGCUGUGUGCCACUGGAGGACUGUCUGUCCACAGGAUGCACGUAUAUAAAGCAUGAAGAGUACAAGGUGUGCACGUCCUGCUGCGAGGGCAGCAUCUGCAACCUGCCCCUGCCCAAGAACUCCACAGACGCCGUGUUCACCACCCUGUCCCCCCUCAACAAGGCCCAGAGACUGUGCCCUCCUGUCCUGCUGACCACAGUGUGCCUCUGGCUGGGGCUGCUGGCCCAGCACUGGGUGACAAUGGCACAGCUCUGGGUGACAAUGCCACACGUGGCCCGGCCGGGCAGCUGAGCCGGGCGGGAACAUCUCAUGGACAUCCAACCUCUCCCUGCAGAGCUGGAGCUUUGGAGCUGGCUCUGAAAGGCUGGUUUUCCUCCUGGUUUCUCGGUCAUCAUGAACUCCCAAGCCUGGGAUCGGGAUGGGAUCAAAACCUCCACGUUCCUACUGGUUUUUUUUGAAGAAACUCAUGGAAAAUAUUCCCAGAAUCCAAUGAGCUCUUCACAGCAUCACUUAGGUUGAGAAAGACCUCUAGGACACCAAGUCCAGCCUAACAUUUGUUGCUGUCUGUCUUAUCUCUGUGAAGAAAUGUUCUUUCCAAGUACUACACCCCUGCUCACGUCAUCACUUACUCACUGGACACGGCCCUUUGUCACCUCCCCCUGCACUAAUUCCGGUGUCUCCUUAACCUGCUUCAGAACCCACAGUAAAUAACACACAGCCAGUGUCCCCCACACCUCCUGAUCCUCUUGGAGAGGGCAGGAAUUCGCAGCAAGGAAGCAGUAGCCUGGAAGGGAUGAGCUCAAGGGACCAGCAGGAGCUUGGAGCAGCCGGUGGUGCCCAAAGGUGCUUCUCCCGAGGUGUCCAACGGCACAAAGACCCACCCCCAGGGCCCCCCGCACAGAAAAUCCCUGGAGUUUAUAAACUGAACCAGCAAAACUCAAAAAAUCCUUGUUCUGGUGUGAUUAGAGGUGUUUCAUCCCCAACCCUCAGGUGUAAGGAGGAUGGAGAGCUGGUGGAUCCCCACACUGAGGUGCUGGUGGUCACCAGCCACCAUCUCCACGCUGUUUUAGGACAAUAUUUUCCUGUUUUGGCACCCAGCCCUAGAGUAUGAGAGAGAGAAAACUGAUCCUGAAUAGCUCUGUUAUUUAAUUUAAUGAAGUCUGGGCUACCCCAGCUGUGUUUUGGUGCCCUGUGUUGCUUGUUUUGCUUGGAAAUCUCGGAUGCAAUAUUUAUUUUUCUACGUUGAGUAAGGUCUGAAGUGUUUAAAAGAUUCUUAAUGCUGAUAUUGCCAGGAAAAAAAAAUGGGUGUUUUGCAAGUCAGUGAGCCUGUAAUAUAUAAAUUAUCAGAAAUAUAUAUAUAUAAAUAUAUAAAGAAUCAACUUUGUUUGCAAAGUCAGUAAUAAAAGCAGGGUGUCAUGGACUUGCUUAACUAAAGUUAAAUCAAACUGUUUUAUAAUUAAUUUUUUUACACCAUUACAGUCAUAAAUUGUCCUUUUAUGAGCUAAUCUUUUGCUGCUCAGGCUCCAAGGUAACUUGAGCUCAAGUUCCAGCAUGUUUUUGCCCUGAAGUGCUUUUUCUGGGGGAGUAACAGUGAAAUGCAGAUGAAGGAAGGCAAAGUUGGAAUCCAAAGGCUGUGUCAAGGGAUCCUGGAGAGUCCCAAAAAGUAGAAUCUAUGUGUGGGAUACCUUGAAAAAAUGAGGAAUCUGAAGAUCUGGGCAUGCAAAGGGUUGUCCUGGGUUUUGUGGCCUUGGGACUUGUGCUCCUGGGAGGUUUCUUGGAAGCAGAGGAGGAGGAUCAGGAGCAGCACUUGCUUCCCACAGACCUUCAGGUGAUUUCUCUGGGGAAAGAAAGGCUGAAAACCUCAGUGUGUUGUUAUUAAAAAAUGUAUCUAUAUAUAUAUAUAUAUAUAUAUACAUAAAAACUUACAUAUACACCACUGGAAAUCUUACCUUCCAACACUGUUUAUUUUCAAUUUUUUUUAAUAUAAAACCCUUUUUGAGGGGGGUGCUGGUUGACCUCACACACAGCCCGACAUUUUGGUGUCCUUUCAGUCCUUCUGUGACUUGCUCACAGAUCCCCAAUAUCAAGAGGGUUGUUGCAAUCUGUUGUUCUAUGCAAGUUUAAGCUGCCUCUGGAGAUUCCCAAAAAAAUCAACCCUGCAGCCUCCUUGAAGCCUGUCCCCUCCUCUGUAUUUAGGGAAUCUAAGGAAUUAAGGUACUGAGGGGCUGGGGGAGAACGAGGCAGAGGGGGUUGUGACUUCUCUGACAUUAAUUUAGAUAUUUAUUAUUAUUUUAGCCUGCAAAACGGAAGAGUUUAAGAUUCAACCGAGGUGGGCUCGAGGCUUGGGCUGUAUCCUAAGUCCUCACUGUCCUCAGGGCUCACACAGGGGUUAUGGUAGCUCAGCUGGGGAUUUUAAGGGGAUUGCAUUUUAAUUUUGGGGGCCUUGUAGUUUUAAAUAUGUGCAUUUAGGGGAUGGCACCUCCUGAGCUGAGCUGCUGCUUUGGACAGGGGCUCACACUUGGGUUUCUGCCUUUUCUGUGUGUUGUCCCUCAAUUUAUCCCAGACUGGUUUGGGUUAGAAGGGACCUUAAAUCCCAUCCAG